AUGUCAUCAAAUCCAAUAAUUAAUCUGACUUCAUCAGAAUCUAAACCAUCAACUGUUCAAAAUGAAACAUCUAAUCAGAGUAUUGAAAUUCCUGAUCCACCAGAACUAUUAUCAAGUAAACAAUCGUCAAGUUCAGAUUCUUAUGAAACUAUUUCUGAUAGUGAUGAUAAUGAUAAUGAUGAUGAUGAUGAUGAUGACAGUGAAUUUCCAAUUGGUUUAACAUUUGAUUGGCUUGAUGAACAGAUGCGUGCUGGUAUUGAUUUACGUCCAUUACUUUCUCGUAUCUUACCCGGUUUACCAGAUGAUAUUUCUCCUUCAACUCUCUAUGAAAUUCUUAUGGACCUUUUUUUACCAAUUCGUAAACGAAAAUCACUUGAACAAUAUAAAACUCUUGAUGAUGCUGUUGAAUUAAUACGUACACGAAAAAAUAUUCUUAUUUUAACUGGAGCUGGAAUAUCAGUUAGUUGUGGAAUUCCUGAUUUUCGUUCACGUAAUGGUAUCUAUGCUCGUUUACGUGAAGAAUUUCCUGAAUUACCUAAUCCACAAUCAAUGUUUGAUAUAAAUUAUUUUACUCAUGAUCCUCGACCAUUUUUUCGUUUUGCAAAAGAAAUUUGGCCAGGACAAUAUCAACCAUCAUUAGCACAUUAUUUUAUAGCUGAAUUAGAACGACAAGAUAAAUUAUUACGUAAUUAUACACAAAAUAUUGAUUCAUUAGAACAUUUAUGUUCAAUAACACGUCUUAUACAAUGUCAUGGAUCAUUUUCAACUGCAACAUGUCGUAUUUGUCAUUAUACAGUUAAAAGUGAUGAAAUUAAAAAUGAAAUUUUACAACAAAAAAUUCCAUAUUGUCCUAAAUGUUCUAAGGAUAUUAAUAAUACAAUACUUAAACCGGAUAUUGUUUUUUUUGGUGAACAAUUACCAGAUGAUUUUCAUAAAACAAUAUCAAUUGAUAAAAAUAAAUGUGAUUUACUUAUUGUUAUGGGUUCAAGUUUAAAAGUUAAACCUGUUUCACUUGUAUCAGAAUUAUUACCUGGAGAUAUACCACAAAUAUUAAUUAAUCGUGAACGUUUACCACAUAAAACAUUUGAUAUUGAAUUAUUAGGAAAUUGUGAUGUUAUUAUAAAUGAAUUAUGUCUUCGUUUAGCUAAAAUUGAUCCAUUAUUUCAACCAUUAAAAAAUCAAAAUCAACAUUUUUUAAAUGAAAUUUCUUAUGAAAAUUUACGACAACAAAAACAACAAAAAAGAAAAAAACAAAAAAUUUCAUCAGAUACUGAUAAUCAAUUAUCAGUAAUAAUAUCAUCAGAAGAAAAUUUAUCAUCAAUUCAUUCGAAAACAUUAAAAUCUAAAAUAUCAACUUCACGAAAACGAACAUUAUCAUCAUUUAAAAAUUCUUCAUUAUUUAAUGAAGAUUCAUCAUAUAUAUCAUAUCCACCACGACGAUAUGUAUUUGCAGGUGCUGAAAUAUAUUUUUCAUCGGAUGAAGAUGAUUUUGAUGAACUUUCCGAUGAUGAAGAAGAAUUACCGAGGAAACAUACGGAAUGA